AAUUUACGUUAAAUACGUGAAAUUGGCGAACUCUGGUCCAUGACAACGAGCUACCUAAGCACCCUGAAAAUGUAAAUAAUUUACUUAAGUCAAUCAUUGAUGUUCUCAGCGAGAGUGCUAUCAUAACAGACGUUUUGUUUUAUUUUCGUUUCAGGGACUGUUGAUCAAGUCGGAGGAAAGAAGUGACUUCAUUUGUAUUGAUCAUGUCAUGACCAUUAAUUAUUUUAUCUUCCAAUUCACGGCUAGAAAACUAUCUUAAAAUAUUCAAGUUGAAUGCUGAAAAGUUAGAUUUAGUUUCUAUUAUCGUAGUUAGAUAGCCUUAUGCCAUGUACUGAAAUCUCGAGAUCUGGCGAGGACGCCACGAGACAUAGCAAUCACUCAAACGUUUGCUUUGAUUUUCUUUACACAAUUUGAAAAUUAUCUACGAAUAUUGUCUAAAUUCUGAUUCCAAAUUAUUGUAAAAAGUCUGGACAAAACACCAUCAAAAUGCCAACGGUUUCGUCAAAGUUAAUUUCGGGCGCCAGCAAGACGCUUGGCUUGUCCGAAAAGAACUUCUCCAGAGGCGCGGUUGCGGCGAUAUGUGCCGUGUAUUUCUACACAACAGUUUAUCCUAAAGUGAAGCAUCUAGUCUACGCUAAAAGUGCCAAAACACCUGCUGGAAAUGUCGCCACAUCUUCUAAGAGCGCCACCCACAAAAAAAGCCCUGCAGUUAACAAGGAAUUCUUUACUCAACUGCGUCAGUUGAUAAAAAUCAUAAUCCCGAGUGCGCUGUCCAAAGAAGCAGGCAUAUUAUACCUGCACACGUUGUCGCUCGUAGCUCGUACGUUCCUCUCGAUAUACGUUGCGAAACUAGAAGGCCGAGUUGUGAAAUACAUCGUCCGCAAAGACGUGUCAAAAUUCGCGCUCAUGAUGACGCAGUGGAUAACGAUAGCCAUACCCGCGACAUUCAUCAAUUCCAUGAUCCGUUUCCUGGAAAGUUGUCUCGCUAUGUCCUUCCGCACCCGCCUUGUGAAGUACUCCUACGACCUCUACUUCAAAAACCAGUGCUACUACAGGAUAUCAAACCUCGACGGCAGGAUAGAGAACGCUGAUCAUUGCUUAACAGACGACAUUCAGGCGUUCACUUCGAGCAUUGCACAUCUCUACUCGCACAUCACGAAGCCCAUCCUAGACACACUCCUCAUCACUGUCUCUCUGGCGCAGCUAGCCAAGCAGCGAAGUGGAGCCAUGUUGCCAGGACCGGCGCUAGGGUUCGUGGUAGCGCUGGUCACGGGGCGUCUGCUGCGCGCGGUGUCGCCGCGCUUCGGGAAGCUCGUGGCAGAGGAAGCAGCGCGCCAGGCCGACCUGAGGGCGGCGCACUCGCGCAUCAUCACCAACGCUGAGGAGAUCGCCUUCUACGGGGGGCACAAGGUGGAGCAAGGUAUGCUGGAGGUAUGCUACAAGCGUCUGGUACAACAAAGGGCCACAAUAUUCAGCCAGAGGUUGUGGUACGUUAUGCUGGAACAGUUCCUCAUGAAGUACGUGUGGUCCGGCGCUGGUAUGGUCAUCGUCUCCAUACCUCUCAUGACGGGCACGUCGAAGAAACAUGCCGAUGAUGGUGGUGAUGAAGGCGUGUCAGAACGCACGGAAUAUUUCACCACAACCAAACAACUUCUCGUGAGCGGUGGUGACGCUAUAGAGCGCCUCAUGACGUCAUACAAGGUGUUUGGUGACGUGCACAGCUGCAGGUGCGUGACGUGCAACAUGUUGCAGGUGUUUGGUGACGUGCACAGCUGCAGGUGCGUGACGUGCAACAUGUUGCAGGUGUUUGGUGACGUGCACAGCUGCAGGUGCGUGACGUGCAACAUGUUGCAGGUGUUUGGUGACGUGCACAGCUGCAGGUGCGUGACGUGCAACAUGUUGCAGGUGUUUGGUGACGUGCACAGCUGCAGGUGCGUGACGUGCAACAUGUUGCAGGUGUUUGGUGACGUGCACAGCUGCAGGUGCGUGACGUGCAACAUGUUGCAGGUGUUUGGUGACGUGCACAGCUGCAGGUGCGUGACGUGCAACAUGUUGCAGGUGUUUGGUGACGUGCACAGCUGCAGGUGCGUGACGUGCAACAUGUUGCAGGUGUUUGGUGACGUGCACAGCUGCAGGUGCGUGACGUGCAACAUGUUGCAGGUGUUUGGUGACGUGCACAGCUGCAGGUGCGUGACGUGCAACAUGUUGCAGGUGUUUGGUGACGUGCACAGCUGCAGGUGCGUGACGUGCAACAUGUUGCAGGUGUUUGGUGACGUGCACAGCUGCAGGUGCGUGACGUGCAACAUGUUGCAGGUGUUUGGUGACGUGCACAGCUGCAGGUGCGUGACGUGCAACAUGUUGCAGGUGUUUGGUGACGUGCACAGCUGCAGGUGCGUGACGUGCAACAUGUUGCAGGUGUUUGGUGACGUGCACAGCUGCAGGUACGAACGGCCGGCACUGCAGUCACCCGCCGGCGGCGAUGAGAGGAGCAUCGCCCGCGCCGCUCGCUCCUCCCACCCCGGCCUCCUCUACGGCCCCACCGGCAUGCCUCUCAUCAGGGGGGUGGUGACGUGCAGUGAUGACGGCAGUGUGGUGCUGGAGGCGGUGCCGGUGGUGACGCCUGCGUGUGAUGUUGUGGUGCCAUCACUAACGCUCACCAUACGCCCCGGCAUGCACCUUCUUAUCGCAGGUCCCAACGGGUGCGGCAAGAGUUCGCUGUUCCGCAUCAUGAGCGGCUUGUGGCCCGUCUACGCUGGCCGCCUCAGCAAGCCCCCUGCCUCAAGCAUGUUCUACAUCCCCCAGAGGCCCUACAUGUCGGUGGGAACGCUGCGGGACCAAGUGAUCUACCCAGACAGUCUGUCCUCCAUGAUGGCCGCCGGCAGGACGGACGCGCAGCUCUACGAGAUUCUGUCCAUCGUCCACCUGCAGCACAUCGUGGCCAGGGAGGGCGGAUGGAACGCCAGGCAGGACUGGAAGGACGUUUUGUCCGGCGGCGAGAAGCAGAGGAUGGGCAUGGCGAGGCUGUUUUAUCACCACCCCCAGUACGCGCUGCUGGACGAGUGCACCUCCGCUGUGAGCAUCGACGUCGAGGGCGAGAUGUACGAGGCGGUCAAGGCGGCCGGCAUCACCUUACUCACCAUCACCCACCGGCCCUCCCUGUGGAAGUUCCACGACCACCUGCUGCAGUUCGACGGCGAGGGCGGCUGGACGCUGUCGGCGCUCGAGGGCGACGGCGAGACGCGCCCCACCGCCACCAGCGAGGGCGAGUGUGUGAGCAGCGACAGCAGCUUCGGCGAGCCCGACCUGCCCAGCAACGAACCUAAGGACCUGGUGGACUGAACCUGCACGACCUGCACGGCCUGCAC